CCCCAGUUCGCUGUCCCUGUCCCUCCCUCCGCGUUUAUGCUCCUCCGCAGCCUCGCCUCUCGGGGAUUAUCUCCUCUCCCUUUGGGGUGAUUCUUCCUCUCCUGAUCCCUGCCCCGGCCUUUCCCUGCCUAUCUUCUACCCGAGGAAGUCAACCCUCCCCUUCCGUCUGCCUCUGACUGGGGAAAGGGGCGAAAAUGUGGUUGUGAUCAGCCAUGCAGCAGGUCUUAGACAACCUUACUGAUCUGCCGACAUCGACAGGCGCUGAAGAAAUAGACCUGAUUUUUCUUAAAGGAAUUAUGGAAAACCCUAUCGUAAGAUCACUUGCUAAGGCUCACGAGCGACUGGAAGAUUCUAAACUUGAGGCUGUCAGUGACAACAACCUGGAGCUGGUGAAUGAAAUUCUUGAAGACAUCAGUCCCUUAGUAAAUAAGGAUGAAAAUGUUGCAGAAUUGGUUGGAAUACUCAAGGAGCCUCAUUUUCAGUCACUCUUGGAAGCACAUGAUAUUGUGGCUUCAAAAUGUUACGAUUCCCCUCCUUCUAGCCCGGAAGUCAAUAAUUCUUCAGUGAACAACCAGGUUGUUCCAGUAGAUGCUAUUCGUAUCCUUGGAAUUCACAAAAGAGCAGGAGAACCACUGGGGGUCACGUUUAGAGUGGAGAACAACGAUCUGGUAAUAGCCCGAAUUCUUCACGGAGGAAUGAUAGAUCGGCAAGGUCUUCUGCAUGUAGGUGACAUUAUUAAAGAGGUGAACGGCCACGAGGUUGGAAACAAUCCAAAAGAAUUACAAGAGCUGCUGAAAAACAUCAGUGGAAGUGUCACUUUGAAAAUUCUCCCCAGCUACAGAGACACAGUCAUUCCUCAACAGGUUUUUGUGAAGUGUCAUUUUGAUUAUAAUCCGUAUAACGACAACCUCAUCCCAUGCAAAGAAGCAGGUUUGAAAUUUUCUAAAGGAGAAAUUCUUCAGAUUGUAAACCGGGAAGAUCCGAACUGGUGGCAGGCUAGUCAUGUCAAAGAAGGAGGAAGUGCAGGUCUAAUUCCUAGCCAGUUCCUGGAAGAGAAGAGAAAGGCUUUUGUUAGGAGAGACUGGGACAACUCAGGGCCUUUCUGUGGAACAAUAAGCAGCAAAAAAAAGAAAAAGAUGAUGUAUCUCACUACAAGAAAUGCAGAAUUUGAUCGCCAUGAAAUCCAGAUAUAUGAGGAAGUAGCCAAAAUGCCUCCUUUUCAGAGGAAAACCCUGGUCUUGAUUGGGGCCCAAGGAGUGGGGCGAAGGAGUUUGAAGAACAGGUUUAUUGUGCUGAAUCCUACUAGAUUUGGAACUACAGUGCCAUUUACUUCACGAAAGCCAAGGGAUGAUGAAAAAGACGGGCAAGCGUACAGAUUUGUGUCACGAGCCGAAAUGGAGACAGAUAUUAAAGCUGGCAGAUACCUAGAGCAUGGAGAAUAUGAAGGAAAUCUUUAUGGCACAAAAAUUGAUUCCAUCCUUGAAGUUGUUCAGACAGGAAGGACCUGCAUCUUGGAUGUAAAUCCACAGGCCCUAAAAAUACUGAGGACUUCAGAAUUCAUGCCCUAUGUGGUGUUUAUUGCUGCUCCAGAGUUGGAGACUUUGCGAGCUAUGCACAAGGCUGUGGUAGAUGCUGGAAUUACAACCAAACUUCUCACUGACACUGAUCUGAAAAAAACAGUGGAUGAGAGCGCCCGGAUCCAGCGAGCCUACAACCACUACUUUGACCUGACCAUUGUAAAUGACAACCUGGACAAAGCCUUUGAGAAGCUGCAGACGGCCAUCGAGAGACUGAGGCUGGAGCCCCAGUGGGUCCCCAUCAGCUGGGUCUACUGAGCUGCUCCAGCAGGAGCUUAAGUAACAAAUAAAGUCAACAGCAGCAAAUGUGACGUGUAGAUACUGAUGAGAACCUGCAGCACCUGUGCAUUUUUACUCUGUGUAUAUUCAAAAGUACACUGUUCUGAAUUUUUAUAAAAAUGUUGAAGAGAAAGUGUACUUAAAUAUGUAAUUUAUUUUAAUUUUUCUAACUUUUUACAGAUAACCUUUCUAUUCAUAUCACAUGAAGGAAAUGCGUUUAAGCAUUUUUCUAUGUUUUGAUUUAGUACCUUUGCCUUUUUCAUCUAAGAAACUUUCAUUCACUUCAACAUUUACAUCUUGGUCUUACAUUUUCACUGUGAUUAAAAAAAAGAUACUUGAAACAAUUUUUGUAAAAUUUGUUAAUGUCAGUGUUUAACUGAUCAAAAGUCUAUAGCUCUUAUUAGGAAAGAACACUAAUUUCUUUGGUUUUUUUUUUCUUCUUUAAAAAAUAAUACUUUCAUGGGAGCAGAAUUUUAAAUAUUUAAAGCAGUAACAAAAACACAGGUCCAGUUGCUCCAGCCACUUUCAGCUUAAUGUUGGUGCAUUCCUUAUGUUUCACAUUUUUUUGAUAUCUCUCGAUUUAGAUAAUUUUUGUGUAGAUUCCCUUAUAUCUGUCUCCUGAAAUUAUAUAGAGCAAUACCUUGCAAGCUGCUUAUUAGGCUUUCUUGGGAGCCAACCUGUUACCCAUUACAGUUGAAGUACUGACAUUAGAAAGUCAUACACAAGGUAAUUCAGUGCAAUUUGAAUAAUGGUGAAGUAGCUUGAGAGAGAACCUGAUAAUGUGGAGCUUGUAGGUGACACUUAAUGUUUAGGACUAUUUAUUCACACUUGUGAAAACACAUUGCUUAAAAAAGAAAAAAGGCAUUUUCUUUUCUUAGAACAUUGUUCUGUAUUUUUAUAGUGGUCUGUGGCUUCAUUUCCUGUGAUGUCUAGCUGGGUUAUAAAUUCCUUUUACAUAUUUGUGUGAUCAACUGCUGUAUUUUAUGAGUGUUGUGUAAUGGCAUUUCUGUGCUUUUUCUUACAUUGUUUUUAAUUGCAUUUUUCAUUAGAUAGCUUGUGAAUUAGAAACUUUCUGCUAAGAAGCAAUGUUGUUUAUGAGUUUUUUGUUUACAGUGUAUUUCCUUUUUAGUGACAAUUAUCCCCUCAGUAGGCUGAUUGAUAUAAAUUGUAUUAGGUUCAGGUUCAUUGAUCAAAACUUAAGCUGAUGUAAAUUUCUGCUUAGUGAGAACAAGAGGAAAAUACAACUUAUUGCUCAGAUGAGCUCUUUUUGUGACCAUGUUUUAUAUGACACUGUCAGCUGCUGUAUAUAGUCACAUUCACCAUCACAUACUGGGCUAGGUGUCUAAACUGAAGUCAUCUGUUUAAUUCCUCUUCAAUCUGGUGACAGGCACCUGGCUUCUGGAUUCUUUUUCAACACCAAACUGUGACCGGAAUGCUAUCAAAAGGCAUCUUCCUCAGAACUAUUUCUGGAGGAAGACAGGCCUAGACACUAUAAAACAGCAUUUCUUCCUGGGGCUCUCAAAAGACUUUCAUGUGCACAAGGAAAAGAUAAAAUGGAGUGGAUGCAGUAGAGGAAAACUGUGUUUAAAAAAACCUUCAAAACACCUGUAUACAACAGGUGGUUUUUACACAGCCUGUAAAGUUGGUUGUUGUGGGGGAAGAGGAGCAGAGGAGACUUGAAAUCCCAGUGUGUGUGGAAAAAGUUGAACUUGUGUAUAGCACAGGAGAUCUUUGUGGCUCUUAAUACUGAGAUUUCAGUCUUUCAGAGGGAAUAUUAAAUUCUCUAAGGAAAAUUUGUACCACUACUUUUUUUUAUUGUUAUGCUUUCCAGGAUGUGUUUUAUCUGGUUUUGUUUAAGUUUGGCAGAGCUCUUAAAUGUGGCACCAGCAUGGGGCUUGUAGUUUUCUUUCCCAGGAGACACGUUCUGUGAUCCUGUUGCUCAGAGGCUGCUUUGAGAAGUGGAUGGAGUGUCGUGUGCAGCAGCAGAUGAUGGCAGGGCUGUUGCUUGGCUAUUUCAGUGGCUUGCUUUCGGCACUCUGUGCUCAACAUGACUGAACUGUGUUUGUGUACUGUGUCAUGGGAGACCUCCAUAUGCUGUAAAUAAGAUGUGCUGUCUGGACAGAUAAGAUGCCUUUUCAUUAUCAGUUAGAAAUCCUUUUAUUUGUGAUGCCAAAAGUAGGCUGACUUCACUCUUCCCCAGUGAAUGGAACAAGAAUAUCCUUCAGUUUACUCACCACAGUACUUCAUAUUGCAAACAUCACUUAUUCUCAUCUUUUUUCCAUAAAUUUACUGAACCAAGCACAUGAAACACAGCCACCAAGGUUUAGUCAGGAAAGCUUCUCUCUGCUCAUUCUGUUUCCAUCCCAGGGAGAAAACUGUCAAGAGAGUUUCCCUAGUUAGCAAUCUCCAAAAUAGCCACAUAUUUGCUAAAGCCUGAAGCUUUAAUGUUUGCUACAGGCUCACACCGUGUGCUUAAAUCAGGCAGUGAAGCAUGGUGGCUGAGCUUUGGGGAGUGGUGGUGGUGUAGAUGGCAGUGAGCAGUUCUACAGUGCAGUUGUGAAGCAGUAAGAGAAGGUGACUUGCUUGGAUUGGCACAAAGAUUGUGUGGAAGUAUCUGCAGGUCUGAUUUGGAUGUCUGCGUGCCAGGUUGGGGCACCCCUUGCAUCUGUUUGUUAAAUCUUGAGAGUUCAUGUUGGAGUGUUUAAGGUGAAAGGGGGCUUUGUUUCUUUGUGGUAGUUUUGGGUUUUGGCACAGUCAGAUUUUCAUCAGAUACUCUGCUUAGUUUGUCCCCACCUGGUAGAAGGACUGGAAGGAGAAUAACAAUUACUGUCUUUUAAAAAGAAUGUUCUUGGAGGUUCUUGAAAUGCUGGCGUUUCAGUCACAUCCACGGCAGGGACAGUCCCUGCCUGGAAGGACAUUCUGUGCCAGCUGUUGGACAGGGGCCUGUACAUUGUGCAAUUAGGGGAGAAAGACACUAUGAAAGGCUCAUUUUGAGCAAGCGAAAACAUUUCCUAGAACACAUGUUCAGAGUAUUUUGGAGAAAUUAAAAUAACUGGGAUUUCAUGUUAUCUCAUUCUGUACUAAGCAUUCAUUUUUCAGAUACUAACAGGAAAACUUCACAUAGACUGUUAAAGAUUACAAUAGGUGUGUCUGAGCGAGGUGAAGAUGCUGCUAAAUGUUUAAGAUAUGUGGUAUGUAUCACAAGAUAAAUAUUUAAGUAGUUUAGAAAAGUAAAUUAUCAAAUAGUUGUCUGUGUAUAUGUAUGUAUGUGGAUGGUAAAACAAAAAAUGCUCAUGUUGGUUAUCACAUUACUAAGGUACCAUGACUUAAUCCAGAAAUGUACCUGCAUGUGAGACUUUAGAACUGGUACACUUCUCUACCUGGUUUAUUGUGUUUACUAAUGUAUAUUUUUCUAAAUAUACAGAUAUUUCAAUCUAAAAAAAUUCUAUAUUUAUCUGUAAUUUCUAUCUGUUUUGGACAGUGCAUGAGGUGCUGUAAAAUUCUGUACAUAUAGAGACUUAUAGAAGAAACACUGUAGUUGCUCUGUGAAUGAAAAGUUAUACAUAGAAGUACAGUCAGUAUGCCAAGAUCUGUAAGUUAUUUCCCUGAAUUCACCAAAAAUUUACUUAAGCGUGCACCAAUCUCAAUUCUCCUGUAAAUACUGUGGUGCACUGUGUACCCAGGUGAUGACCUUGCUGUUUAUAAGUGUUAUGGCAGGUCUGCUUUUGAUGCCUUAAGGCAUCACUUUAGGUUCUGCAUCAUGUGACAAGAUGCAGUCCAAGUUUAGUGGGAUAAUUAUAAUGGAAUACGUCAACUUGCAGAGAUGUAUAAAGGUCUUUCAAAAUGUUCUGCAGAUCUACAAUAAAGGUAAACAUGGAGCAGAAUCACAGAUCUUUGUUGGCAAGGAAAAUCGAGUUCAUAACCAACGCAGUAUCUGUGAUUUGUGCUGUGUUCUCGGCUCAGGGCAGCUCUGUGUACUUAGCUUUGUGGAGCAGGAUGGCAGAUCAGCUCAUUGCUUUUGAAUUCGUGUUUGUAUAAACUGUCACAUCUUGGCUGAGCUCAAAUUGUGACUUUUUUUUUUCCUCACCCUCUUUACUUUCUGCAUUUUCUGAAAUCAUACUUAAGUGACUUGCUUACAAAUUGCCUGCAGCUCAGUGCUCAAGAAGUCACCUGGGUUUGGUUUUGGUUUUUUGAAGAGGGUGAUUCAGCUAAGAAAUAGGAAACAUCUUUCUCUUUGAAACACAGCAAAUCCCUGGCUAGGUACUCCCUUGGGCCAGUUGGCCUCUGCUGUGCUCAAGGACCAGUGGAGAGUGAUCAAGCAGAGCACUCCAGCGAUCAGGAACUGGGUUCUUACCUGACACCUGAGCCAAUAUUGUGACCAUAAACUCCCUUCACCUAUCCCAUGGCUUCCCAUCCAGGCUUCCUGUAGCUCGCUUCUCCGCUCACACUGACCCUUGAGGCCGUGUCCCAGUGCAUGGGCAGUGCCUCCUGCAGCAGCUGCCCCUUUGCCCACUGUGCCUGUGGGUGCAGCUCUCAGACAACCAACAGCUGGAGCUCUGUCACAUGUUGUGCACAUCUGUACAAGGCUGUUUGCUUCAUGCGGGGUUUCCUGCCUCACCCAAAUUCCAAAGAGCUCAAGUACCACAUGGUUAUUGCCAAACUUCAUGAUGCUACUUUUGCAGAAGUGGUGAGAUCCUUUUAUUGGUGUCUGUGUGGUGGGUACUGGAUCAAUGACUCUCAGUCUGCUGGGCCUCUUGCCUUAAAUACCCCUCAGCUCCCAGCACCCUCCUCUCCCCCAAUGAAAACCUCUCCUGGGCCACUGAAAAGGUUUCUAUCCUUAAGGGUACUGUACUUUCUCUGGUGGACUGUUGUCACUGACAGUGCUGAAGUGCUGGCCCUUCUCUUUUUUUCCCCUGGGUUUUUUCCUUUUUGGUCUGUACUUCUUAGUUUUCACAUAUGGGCUUGCUGAUGGGAACUGUCUGUAUUAUAGAGGAAGUAGUAGUUAACAAGAACAUCAGUAUUUAGGACUGGUAUAACUUACUGGUUUUAGGCCCAAGACAGAACCUAAAAAUAAUAAUAGAAAACACUUGUAAAAUAACUUGUUUUGAUUAUUUUUACAUGCAGCUUUGGCUUCUAUUAAUAUUAAAAGUGUGCUUGUGCCCACACACAUAAGCACCCAUAUAUAUAUAGAUAAAACUUUGGGGUAAAUGCUGCAAGAAUUCAGGUAGUGUCUACUAAUUUACCUGAAUUCUCCACAGUGGGAUACUAUUUACCAGUCACAUUGUCAACUGCUGAAUUCUCAGUUCUUUUGCUGGUACUGCAGCUGGGAUUUACUGGUACAGGCUUAAAAACAAACCCCUGCUGGGUGAAAGCUGUUAGGCAGUUUCACCUACAAAUGGAAUUUAUUCAGCAAUAUUUAUAUUUUAUAGAAUAAAUGACACUUGAAGUAAAUGAAUCUUUUUCUUGGUAUUUGGAACUUUGUUAUGCUCAUUGGGUAUGGAAUUCCUUUUGCUGCUAGGACAGUAGUCAGGUAACAGUUAAAGUAGUCCUGGAAACACUUUCUCCAUUUAGCCUUUUCCUUUUCAUGUUACUAGUUCCAUGCUAAUGCUUUUCUGUGCAAUUUUGGUUGUUCCCAUGGCUGAACCAACUGUUGGUUACUCCACAAGCAGCCAACACUUACCUGAAUACAGUAGAGCCUCUUCCAAAAAACCCAAUCUUUCCAUUACCUGACCUCUCACAUGAUCCAUAGCAUAAAGCAAAAUGAACAGCACUGCUUUGUACAGGCAAAAAAAGGUUUUGACUGAUUCUUGUUGGUUUAGGUCUUGUACACAAUUAUGUAUGGAGAUAUCUGUUGAAAUAGACUUUUCCCCCUAAGAAAAUGCAUGUUGAACAUCUCUUCCCACCCCCCAUAUGUUGCCCAUGUGUAACAUUUGUGCACUCUGGUGUGGGAGGGGAACUGCUUCUGUGGGGUUUAAAAUACAAGAAAGUUUGCUGCUCUCUGACCCCACACCGGGCUAAGAACUGUAGGAUCUUGGUUGUGUUUGGGUUUAAACGUGUAUUAGAACUCUGACACCAUGUGUUUCCUUACCUUGCUUCUUCUUACAACUGGCUUUGCCAGGUGAAAGCUCUCAUGGUUUUCUGUUUUGUGUUUUUUUUUAUUUCUAUGGUAUAUUAAA